AUGGGCAUCAAGAUAAACAAAAAAACGAAGCCCAAGCUUCUUCAACGUGCAAACAACUUGGGAAAUGCUUCUUCGUCUUCGUCUACGUCUACUACUACUACUGCUAAUGCUUCGGUCAUCACAAUUAUUGAUAGUUCCGUUACACCGUACAAGACAGCUGCAAAGCGCAAACUUCCACUCAAACCUAACUCUUCACUUACUGCAACUAGUAAAUCACUAAAGCAAGAACCAGAAAAAAUCAAAUAUGGAGUGACUGAAUUUGAAAGGAAAACGAAUUCGGAGCAUAAAGACCAUGAGUCCGAGUCAGAUUCUACAACAAUUAUUCGACGACGCCAUUAUGUUUCUGACUCAGAAUCAGAGCCUGAUCAGGAUGCAGUCGAUGAAUUUGGAGCAGCAUUUUUACGAGGCUUGGGAUAUGAUGAAGAUGAAGAUGAAGAUGAAGAUAAAAAUGGACGUGCAGCUGGUCCAAGUAAUAAGAAACAAUUUGAUACUGCAGCACGUAAUCGACGACUAGGCGUCACUUUAGGAAUUGGUGCCAAAGUUGACAAUCUCGAGCUAGUCAAAGAACUUCAGAGUCAAGAAGCAGAUAUUCCACUAGUCAAGAGAGCAAAAAAAUAG